UCUUGAUAGAUUACAUCACCCACACUGGAUUGGUCAGUGUGCAAAUUCCAAGCUUGUGACAGAUACAGGAAGUCACGUUACUCUCCGCAUACAUCUGAUGUACAGUAUGCCUACGUUCGAUACUCUCUCUCUAUCAUAAACUCUUGAAGCUAUUCAGUGUCUAGCUCUGGCCCUGCUCAAUGGAUUUGAACCCUGCCCUUCCCAAAAUCCUGGCUUCGCCACUGCCAAUAGUCCUUUCGGCCACAGGGAGCAUGGUAAAACAGUCCACAACGUUUUACAAGCGACUUGCUUCUCGUCUAGCGGAAAAAUGGGAGCAGCCAGUCAGCUGGAUAAUCAGAUACAUUUCUCUGUGAUUUGUAUACUUGACUCAGGCUGGUUGGGGAUGCUCGAGUACCCCUAGCAUUCCCCCUGGCUACGCUCCUGGCCAUACUGCUCGACCCUGUACUGGCUAUGUGCUCGUCUGUCUUUCUUUCUUUCUACUGAGAUCAGCAAUACAAUGUAUUCGUGGCCUGCUCAUCCAAGGGCCACGCUGUGAAGUCCUCGCUAAUUGAUUUGAUCAGCAGCGAAGCAAGCCUUCACUCCUAGCUACAUGCCGGAAAACUGAAUUAAAGACACAUUAUAAAGACAUGUUAUAUUUUCUUGACCGAAUAUUUUGACUCCGAAAAUUACCCGCUAGAUUUUUAUGAGUGCACGUGAUAAUUAACCGCAGAGGUAGAACGAUCUUCUUAAAUACGUGCAAAGCUCAACUUUGCACCCGGACCCAUGCCUGGAUACAAAGUCUUGAAUGUUGCAGAGAAGAAUGAUGCAGCCAAGGAACUGGCCAACGUUAUGGGGAGGGGGAGAGUCCGUAGAAGAGAGGGGUGCUCCAAAUUCAACAAAAUUUACGAGUUCGAUUUCAAUCUAUUUGGUCAGAACUGCCUGAUGGUUAUGACCUCUGUGUCUGGUCACCUGCUCUCACUCGACUUCAACCUUGCGUACAAGAACUGGAACAACUGCACCCCAGGCACCCUGUUCACAGCUGAUGUGCAGCGAUUUUGCCCUGAUAAUUUCAUUCCGAUAAAGAAGACGCUAGAGCGUGAGGUGAGGGGGUGUCAGCACCUGGUCCUCUGGACGGACGGGGAUAGAGAGGGGGAGGGCAUAGCCGCGGAAAUCGUUGAGGUUGUCACUAAUGUCAAAUCUAGAGGGCUGCAAAUCCACAGGGCAAGAUUCUCUGAAAUCACUCACCAGUCUAUAAUGAGGGCAUGUGCUAACCUUGGUGUGGUAGACAGUAGAGUAGUAGAUGCUGUGCAAGUACGGCAAGAGUUGGACCUUCGUAUAGGUUGUGCGUUCACCCGUUUCCAGACACGCCGUAUGACCAAGGCCUUCCCCUCGGUGCUCAGUGACCAGCUCAUCAGUUACGGCCCUUGUCAGUUCCCCACUCUUGGAUUUGUUGUGGAGAGAUACAAGCAAGUGCAAGCCUUUAUUCCAGAGGCCUUUUACAAGAUCAAAGUGUGCCAUGAGGUGGAUGAAUUGAAAGUGGAGUUUAACUGGAAGAGAGUGAGAGUGUUCAACCAUCUAGUCUGCCUGAUACUGUGCCAAAUCUGUUUGGAGAAUCCCACGGCGCUGGUGUUGGGCACUACCAGUAGACCACGUAGCAAGUGGAGACCUCUUCCAAUGGACACAGUGGAGCUUGAGAAGCUAGCCUCCCGAAAGCUACGGAUCAGUGCUAAAGAGACAAUGAAGAUUGCCGAGAAGUUGUACACACAGGGCUACAUCAGCUACCCCAGGACGGAGACCAACAUCUUCCCCGACUCAUUUGACCUCAAUGCUAUCGUACAGGCACAGGCUGGUGACCCCCAGUGGGGGGAUUUUGCUGGGAACAUAUUAACGAGAGGGGCAACCCCUCGACAGGGGGCCAAGACAGACAAUGCUCAUCCUCCAAUUCAUCCGACAAAGUACACCAACACACUUCAGGGCAACGAACAGAGGAUCUAUGAGCUGGUGGUUCGUCAUUUCUUGGCCUGCUGUUCUCAAGAUGCUCGCGGACAGGAGACCACUGUCGACAUUGAAAUAGCCAAAGAAAAGUUUUCUGCUCAGGGGCUGAUGAUUAUCGAGAGGAACUACCUCGAUGUGUACCCCUAUGAUCGCUGGUCCACAAAGGUGAUUCCAGUUUACAACCAAGGCAGCACCUUCCAGCCCAGUUCUAUAGAGAUGGUUGAGGGUGAGACCACGCCCCCUCCCCUCCUACACGAGGCUGACCUCAUCACACUCAUGGAAAAGUACGGCAUAGGCACGGACGCCACUCAUGCAGAGCACAUUGAGACCAUCAAGACAAGGAACUAUGUGGGGGUACAACACGACGACAGUCUGGUGCCGGGGGAACUGGGAAUGGGACUAGUGGAAGGUUAUGACUCGAUGGGUUUUGAGCUCUCUAAGCCGCAGUUGAGGGCAGAGCUCGAGGCAGACUUGAAGAGGAUAUGUGAAGGCUCCAAAACUAGAGACGACGUCUUGUCUUCCACUCUGGAGAAAUAUCAUGAAGUGUUUCAGAAUGCCUACCAGCAGGCAAAUAAAUUGGAGGAAUCUCUUUCGAAGUACUUUGGGCCCUCACAGCCCAUUGCUGAGGACGAGCCGCCUUCUCUGGGGGAGGUGAUCCGGAGGUGUCCUCUCUGUCAACAGAAUGACCUUGUCAUCAAGAGGAAGAGAGAUGGAGGGUACAUGCUGAGCUGUCUUGGGUUCCCUGGCUGCAGAGCUGUUCAGUUUUUUCCUGCCUCAGUGCUCGAUGUCAAGAUGGACCCCUCUCUAUGCUCUACUUGUCAGCCACCCCCGGUCCACCAUCUGGCCCUGUCACUCAAGCCUGGCUCUGUUCCACCCUACCUCGGAUCACAGCUAGUUGGCUGCUCCUCUUGCGACCCUUGCUUCAGAAAUGAACUCGACAUUCGACCAAUCAGAAGUAGUGGAGAUAACAGUGGUGGUGGUUCCAGAUCUCAGACGUCAUCUUCUCAGUCUAGAGGUGGGGCCAGGGGUUCCUCAUCAAGGGGAGCUAAUCACAGGGGCUCCUCGUCAAGGGGAGCUAAUUAUAGGGGUGGCCCCUCACCUCGUGGGCGGGGGAGUUCUCGUAAGAGACCACACCCUGACAGCUGGGGAGGACCAGAGGAUCCACAGUCCUUAUCAGCCCCUAGUCGGAGACCAGCCCUCUUUGGUAUUUCAGGCAGCUUGAGCUCUGCUGACAACCAGACGUUGUGUGUGUGUGGAGAACCAGCCAUUCUUCUCACUGUACGGAAGGAGGACAGCAGCAACAAAGGCCGACAAUUCUACAAGUGUGCCAAGCGUGACGGAGGCUGUGACUUCUUCCUAUGGGCUGACGAACCUCCGCCCACUCCCACUAAUGAUAACUGGUCCCAUCCACCACCCUCACGUAAUACACACCCCUCACACAACACACAACCGUCACGUAAUACACAGAGAAGCUACUCAGAUGCACGAGGUAGCAACCCAAUCACUUGCAACUGUGGUUUGGAUGCCGUACAGAAAACUGUUCAGAAAGACGGUCCUAACAAAGGCAAGCUCUUCCACACUUGCUCUAAGCCGAGGGACGAACAGUGUGGCUACUUUGAGUGGUGCAAAGGAGCGAGUACGAGCUCUAGGGGGCGUGGCAGGGGAGGUAGGCAGCAGCGGGGGGCUGGGGGUGGAGAGAAGAAGACUCGGACAUGCAGUGUGUGCAGACAACCAGGACACACUAAACGAUCUUGUCCUAGACAAAAAGAACUUGUAUAGACUCUGUCUUAAAAUUCAUUAUUAAUACCACGCUCCUGUUAAUACUAAUUGUACCAUCGAUUUUAGGUGAAAAUUAUAGUUAGUGAAA